AUGACUGGAUACUACUGGCUGGAUGGGCAGGAGCACUCACUGUGCCCUGCAUGUCAUACCUACCUGGCAACACCUCUCAGGACCUCUGAAGUCACGGUCAUCAUCAGUGACAUAGGCCAUGUUGCCAACACACUGCGAGGAUGGGUUGAGGCAAACAACCUCACUCAUUGGCUCACAAUCGCCGACUGGCUGGUCAAGCGACAUCUCCACCUCGCCACCCUCCACGAGUGCUAUGCUUGCAAAGAUGGCCUUACCACCAUCAAGCGUGCUCACCACCACCUCGACGCCCUCGCAGAAUGCCUGGGAGUCGCCGUCACCUGCACAACUUUUGACGUAGCAUGGAUACAUCACCAUGUGACACGUGACCACAUCAAACACGACACCUCCAUUCCUACCACCACACUCAUGCUCCCUGCUUCCCCCUCUCUCACGUCCAACAAGCUCAAUGGGCCCGAGCACCCACACCACCUCAAGACCGAUGCGCCGAGUCAGGACUGA